GUGGGGGGAGGACCGGAAGGGGCGGGUCCCGAGCAGCCCGGCGCCUCGUGGAGGCUGAGCUGCCUCACCCGUGGUUUCAGAGCUUCUAACAUGGGGCUCACCAAGCAGUACCUUCGCUAUGUUGCCAGUGCAGUCUUUGGCCUCAUUGGCAGCCAGAAGGGCAAUAUUGUCUUUGUGACGCUUCGUGGGGAAAAAGGCCGCUACGUGGCAGUGCCAGCCUGUGAGCAUGUUUUCAUCUGGGACUUAAGAAAAGGAGAGAAGAUCCUUAUCCUUCAGGGGCUUAAACAAGAAGUCACUUGCUUGUGCCCCUCCCCAGAUGGGCUGCACUUAGCUGUUGGUUAUGAGGAUGGGUCUAUUCGAAUCUUCAGUCUCCUGAGUGGGGAAGGAAAUGUAACCUUCAAUGGACACAAAGCAGCCAUCACGUCCUUGAAGUAUGAUCAGCUGGGAGGCAGGCUGGCAUCUGGGUCGAAGGACACAGAUAUUAUUGUGUGGGACGUGAUCAAUGAAAGUGGCCUGUACCGUCUAAAGGGGCACAAGGAUGCCAUCACACAAGCAUUGUUCCUACGAGAAAAGAACCUGCUAGUCAGUAGUGGGAAAGAUACUGUGGUGAAAUGGUGGGACCUUGAUACCCAGCACUGCUUCAAAACGAUGGUUGGCCACCGAACUGAGGUGUGGGGGUUGGUUCUGGUGUCAGAAGAAAAGCGACUCGUCACGGGGGCUUCGGACAGUGAGCUGAGGGCCUGGGACAUAGCCUAUCUGCAAGAGAUUAAAGAUCUAGAAGAACCAGAGCCCAAGAAAAUCAGGGGGUCGUCCCCUGGAAUACAGGACACAUGUGAAGCAGAGGAUGGUGCCCUCGAGGUGGACGAGGCUCCUGAGGAUCGCAUCCUCACCUGCAGAAAAGCUGGUUCCAUCCUGCGGGAAGGAAGGGACAGAGUCGUGAACCUCUCGACCGACAGGACAGGCAGGAUGCUUGCUUGCCAUGGAACUGAUUCUGUGCUGGAGGUGUUCUGCAUCCUCUCCCGAGAGGAGAUUCAGAAGAAAAUGGAUAAGAAGAUGAAGAAGGCCAGAAAGAGAGCCAGAUUAAACUCUGGCAAAGGGGAGGAGGAAGACCUUGAAGUCAGUGUUGAAAUGACUCUGCAAGAUGAAAUCCAGCGGGUGGCAAACAUCAAAACAUCUGCCAAAAUCAAAUCCUUUGACCUGAUCCUCUCACCUCAAGGGGAGUUAAAGGCCGUCUUCCUGCUGCAGAACAAUUUGGUGGAAUUAUAUUCACUGAACCCAUCAGCGCCUGCACCUCAGCCUGUGAGGACGAGCAGGGUCACCCUCGGGGGCCAUCGCAGUGACGUGCGGACUGUGUCCUUCAGCUCGGACAAUAUCGCUGUCCUUUCCGCGGCAGCCGACUCCAUUAAGAUUUGGAACAGGUCUACACUGCAGUGUAUCCGCACAGUGACCUGCGAAUAUGCACUUUGCUCAUUCUUUGUACCUGGUGAUAGGCAGGUGGUCAUCGGAACAAAGACAGGACGCCUGCAGCUGUAUGACUUGGCCUCGGGGACGCUGCUGGAGACCGUGGAUGCCCAUGAUGGGGCUCUGUGGUCCAUGUCUCUCUCUCCAGACCAGCGUGGCUUUGUGACAGGUGGUGCAGAUAAGGCUGUCAAGUUCUGGGAUUUUGAGUUGGUGAAAGAUGAAAAUAGUACCCAGAAGAGGCUUUCUGUGAAGCAAACCCGAACCCUGCAGCUGGAUGAAGAAGUUCUGAGUGUCAGGUACUCACCCCAUCAGAACCUGUUGGCUGUGUCUUUGCUGGACUGCACUGUGAAGAUUUUCUAUGUCGACACCUUAAAGUUUUUUCUCUCACUGUAUGGACACAAACUGCCUGUUAUAUGCAUGGACAUCUCUUAUGACGGAGCACUGAUAGCAACCGGCUCUGCUGACAGGAAUGUGAAAAUCUGGGGUUUGGACUUCGGGGACUGCCACAAGUCUCUCUUUGCACACGACGACAGUGUGAUGUACCUACAGUUUGUCCCCAAGUCUCACCUCUUCUUCACCGCCGGGAAAGACAGGAAGAUCAAGCAAUGGGACGCGGACAACUUUGAGCACAUACAGACUCUGGAGGGGCACCACCAGGAGAUAUGGUGCUUGGCUGUAAGCCCCAAUGGAGACUAUGUCGUGUCAUCGUCCCAUGACAAAUCUCUGAGACUUUGGGAGAGAACAAGGGAGCCUCUUAUUCUUGAGGAGGAGAGGGAAAUGCAAAGGGAAGCAGAAUAUGAGGAGAGUGUGGCCAAAGAAGACCAGCCAGCAGUUCCAGGGGAGACUCAAGGAGAAAAUUACUUUACUGGAAAGAAAACUAUUGAAACAGUCAAAGCAGCUGAGAGGAUCAUGGAGGCCGUUGAACUGUACCGAGAAGAAACUGCAAAAAUGAAAGAACACAAGGCCAUCUGUAAAGCUGCAGGGAAAGAGGUUCCUCUCCCCACCAACCCCAUCCUGAUGGCUCACGGCAAUAUCUCUCCUUCAGCUUACGUGUUGGAAAUUUUUAAAGGAAUCAAGUCAAGUGAGCUGGAGGAGUCGCUGCUGGUGCUGCCCUUCUCCUACGUCCCGGACAUCCUGAGGCUCUUCAAUGAGUUCAUCCAGCGGGGCUCCGACGUGGAGCUUCUGUGCCGGUGCCUCUUCUUCCUCCUCAGGAUUCACUUUGGGCAGAUCACUAGCAACCAAAUGCUUGUGCCAGUGAUCGAAAAAUUAAAGGAAACAACUAUUUCGAAAGUCAGCCAAGUCCGGGAUGUUAUCGGCUUCAACCUGGCGGGUCUUAACUAUCUCAAGAGGGAGUGCGAGGCAAAAAGUGAAGUUAUGUUUUUCGCUGAUGCAACCAGCCACUUGGAAGAGAAGAAGAGGAAGAGGAAAAAGAGGGAGAAGCUGAUUUUAACACUGACCUAGAACUGAAAUGUGGUGAUUUUCUACUUUUAAAAAGGACUUCUGAACUAAGCAGCAUUAGAGGCCAAGUCAGCUCACAAGGAGCCGAGUAAGAGCUUACCGUGCUGCCGAGGAUCCCAGGAUGUGGCCCUGCUUUGCCUGUGGGCUCCAUUGCUUGGACUUGACCGAUGAGUCGUUCAAAAUCUUUUCUGUGCCUCGGAGGUUGGGCCUUUCAGAAGUUGGUCCCCUUAUAAUCUAGCAGAAGGCAAAGACAUUUUUUAACUAGGUGUGUGUUUCCCUAGAGUUAACAUUUCAAGAGUAUCUUAUUUCUGCCCUGGCAGAUUUGUGACCCUGCGUUCUCCGGCUGAGACAGGUGCACAGUUGAAUGUCCUCUGCCCACAAAUGCAGGGUCAUGGAGAGCUGAAAGGACCAUGGAAAUGACCUAGAGCGGCCUCCUUAAACUAACUCUUCCAGAUUAUUUCUGUAUAUAGAAAUAUCCUACUUGCGAACUGCUUAUCCUUCUCUUAAUAAAUUAGUUGUUUCUAACUAAAGUGCAGUCAAGCUGAGACUCCUGGCUGGCUUCUGGGUGAUUAGUGCCCUGUAUGUAUAAUGUGUCUACAUGGCAGGGAGUUGGGACUGUUUUAGGAAAAGAAAUUGACAAAUGGCCUUUCAUCAGAGCUUUGACCUGGUUGAACUCUUGAGUCACAGAAGUAGAUUUUACACUUCUUUUUUGGGGAAUGGGGAUUUCUCAUUGCCCUUAUUACUGACUGUUGGACUUAA